CUCUGACGGGGAUUUUGUGGAGCUCUUCACAAAGAAAUAACACCAGGAAGGCAGGAAGUGUUUCCAACGCUCGGGACGCUGGUGAGCGGCUCCGGGCCGCCGCCAGCCCCUGCGAGGAGCCCGUCCUGCGGUGCAGAUGUGUGUGAUUGGAGCAGCGAGAGGGUUAUUUUCCUUUGACUGAAGGCAACCCAGCCCCGCCGGAUUAAGCUCUUUGUGCGCACGCGAGUGUGCCUUGAUGGAAGCUGCUCCCGCAAAACCAGCUGCGGGGACUGUGGGGAGCAUCCCCUAGGUCAGGGAGCCCUCCUGGAGGAGGGGCAGACCUCCUGUUUUCGUGGCUCUGAGACGAUGCCGGGACAGUAACUCCCUUGGCAGGCAGCACAGUGCUUCGGGAUGGCCGUCUAUGCCCUCACGGGUUUCUCGCUCGUCAGCCUGCUCAGCUUUGGCUAUUUAUCUUGGGACUGGAUGAAGCCUAGUUUGGUGGCCGACGUGGCCACGGACCCCAUGGAGAAAUCACUGCCUCCCACCUUCACCAGGCCACCCCACAUCAUCUUCAUUCUGACUGAUGACCAGGGCUACCACGACAUCGGCUAUCACGGCUCAGAUAUCCAGACGCCGACGCUGGACAGGCUGGCAGCGGAGGGUGUGAAGCUGGAGAAUUACUACAUCCAGCCCAUCUGCACCCCGUCCCGGAGCCAGCUGAUAACUGGCAGGUACCAGAUCCACACAGGACUGCAGCACUCCAUCAUCCGCCCUCGGCAGCCCAACUGCCUACCCCUCGACCAGGUCACCCUGCCACAGAAGCUGCAGGAAGCCGGCUACUCCACACACAUGGUGGGCAAGUGGCACCUUGGCUUCUACAAGAAGGAGUGCCUGCCCACUCGUCGGGGCUUCGACACCUUCCUGGGCUCCCUGACAGGCAACGUGGAUUACUACACCUACGACAACUGCGACGGGCCGGGCGUCUGCGGCUACGACCUGCAUGAAGGGGAGGACGUUGCUUGGGACCAGAGCGGGAAAUAUUCCACGUUUCUCUAUGCCCAACGGGUCAGCAAGAUCCUGGCAUCCCACAGCCCAAAGGAGCCCAUCUUCAUCUACGUGGCCUUCCAAGCAGUCCACACGCCCCUGCAGUCCCCCAAGGAGUACAUCUACCGCUACCGCUCCAUGGGCAACGUCGCCCGCCGCAAGUACGCGGCCAUGGUGACCUGCAUGGACGAGGCGGUGAAGAACAUCACCUGGGCCCUCAAGAAGUAUGGUUACUAUGACAACAGUGUGAUUGUGUUCUCCACAGACAAUGGUGGGCAGACCUUCUCUGGUGGAAGCAACUGGCCACUACGGGGUCGCAAAGGGACAUACUGGGAAGGGGGAGUGCGUGGCAUUGGUUUUGUCCACAGUCCCCUGAUCAAGCGCAAGCGUCGGACAAGCUGGGCACUGGUUCACAUCACAGACUGGUACCCAACUCUGGUCAGCCUGGCCAGGGGCAACCUGAGCAAUGUCCAAGGCUUGGAUGGCUAUGAUGUCUGGCCUGCUAUCAGUGAGGGCAAGGAGUCGCCACGCACUGAAAUCCUGCACAACAUCGACCCCUUGUACAACCAUGCCAAGUAUGGCUCCUUGGAGGAUGGCUUCGGCAUCUGGAACACAGCUGUGCAAGCUUCCAUCCGAGUUGGGGAGUGGAAGCUCCUCACUGGCGACCCAGGGUACAGCGACUGGAUACCCCCACAGACCCUGACCAACUUCCCAGGGAGCUGGUGGAACCUGGAGCGUCUCACUGACGGCCUGAGGAAGUCUGUGUGGCUCUUCAACAUCACUGCAGACCCCUACGAGCGCUACGACCUCUCAGAGCAGCGCCCAGACGUGGUCAGGACCCUCCUGAUGAGGUUGGUGCACUACAACCGGACGGCCAUCCCGGUGCGGUACCCUGCAGAGAAUCCCCGGGCUCACCCAGACUUCAACGGUGGUGCCUGGGGACCUUGGGCCAGUGAGGAUGAUGGGGAAGAAUGGGAAGGCGGCCGGGAGCCCCUAAAAAGCAGGAACAAGAAGAAGAAGUGCAAGAUCUGCAAGCUGCGCUCCUUCUUCCGCAAGCUUAACACCAGGCUCAUGUCCAACCGCAUCUGACAGGACACUCCCCCAGCAUCCACCCCUCCUGGCCAGGGUGGAGCUCUGGACUGCAGUGCCAUGGGGUGGGAGUGAGGGAGAAGGACAGGCAGGGAGGUGGUCAGUGCUCUCUUGCUUUCCCUUGCUCCAUGGUUCACUCCAAAACACUUCUCCUCCCUGGCUAGAGUGGUGGCCACAGGGAGUUGCUCCCAGUGGGUGAGGAAGGGUGAUGUGGUCUCUGCUGUGGUGCUUGGUGGUGGUGAAUGACUGUGCUGAGCUGGGCUGGCCCUGCACAGUUGCUUCCAAAGAGAGAGACUCUUUCCUCAAGGAUUCUGCAAGCAAUCAUAAGCUUUAAGUGUUGGCCAUUGCAAGAGCAGGAGGAAGCAUGGGGGGCUCUGCUUUCAUGUUAACCCUUGCCAUUUCCCUCUAUUUACUGCUGGCUCUCAGCCUGCAGCCAAGCAGCUGCAACCUUUGAUCUUGCUCUGGGAACUUGAGGGCCUCCCCCAAACCCAAGACCACAUUGCUUCUUUGUGGAGGGAUGGAUUCCUGACCAUGGAUGUCAGACCUGAGAUCAGCAUGGCUGGACUAAGUCAUGCUGCUCCAGUGACCUCAUGUGGGGCUAUGGCUUCACCACUCCACUGGCCUGGGGGGCUGGGAGCAGCCCUGAUGAGGAGCUGUGUCCCAUAGAGGUAUGACUGGAUGCUCUUAGAGGACAGGUGGUUCUCUUUGGCCCCACAUUUGGGAGGCAGAUUUGCCCCAGGCUCUGAUGGUGGACUCCAUGUGGGACAGCCACCCAGCAGACUCUUUCACCCACAAUUUGCCCCUCAUGUGCAAGCCUCUAGGCACCCCUGUUCCUCCCUAUGAAUCCUACCCAUCCAACCAGCCAACCACCCCUGUAUGCCAAGUGCUGGAGAUGUCCCUGUCCCUACAUCCCAUUGCUGAACCUGGGGUAAACAGAAGAUCUGAAGAUGGUCUCUGCAGAAGCUGCUCUGCUGUUUCGUAGCUGCAGAACUCUGAAGCCUGAAGGACGGGGAUGAUGGGGACACCUCUCACCUGCCAGCACCACGCGGCAUCCCCAGGCUGCAGAUGGGCACUGCUCUUCCAGCAGCACACACAUGGGGAGGAGAAAACCUCCCCAUCAUCUGCUGCUG